UUUAAAAGCAAAAAUCUUCCACAGCGCUCUGCAGCCCUUGCCAGAGGAAGUCACAAUCUGGCCGCCUCUCUUCUAGAAAAAAAAUCCACCCCGCCAUUCCUUGAGCCCUGGCCAGAGUCAGCAUGUGGCAGUGGCCUGAGGCCAAGAGGGCUCUGCUACUGGCAGGGAGGCGGCGACAGGCUGAGGGGGCUCAGAAUCCUCUCCUCACACUUUCUCAGGGAACCUGGGCCAAGUUCAUUUCCCUGGUUCAUACGUUCCAUUAUAGCCCCUGCCAGCGAACGCCACAUAAAAUGGAGAUUUGUAAAUACACUGAGACUACGGGGUUGGUUUCUCACAAUCGGGUUCAGUGAAUUACAGGGGAGGCGAGGUCCUGGGAGCUUUUCCCACGCGCAGAAACGCGGUCCUGCCUCGGCCAUGAGGGAAGCCGGGUCUGCCUCGGCCAUGAGGGAAGCCGGUCCUGCCUCGGCCAUGAGGGAAGUCGGUCCUGCCUCAGCGACGAGGGAAGCCGGUCCUGCCGCGGCCAUGAGCGAAGCCGGUCCUGCCUCAGCGACGAGGGAAGCGGGUCCUGCCGCGGCCAUGAGGGAAGCCGGGUCUGCCUCGGCCAUGAGGGAAGCCGGGUCUGCCUCGGUCAUGAGGGAAGUCGGUCCUGCCUCAGCGACGAGGGAAGCGGGUCCUGCCUCGGCCAUAAGCGAAGCCGGUCCUGCCGCGGCCAUGAGCGAAGCCGGUCCUGCCGCGGCCAUGAGCGAAGCCGGUCCUGCCUCGGCCAUGAGCGAAGCCGGUCCUGCCUCGGCCAUGAGCAAAGCCGGUCCUGCCUCGGCCAUGAGGGAAGUCGGUCCUGCCUCAGCGACGAGGGAAGCCGGUCCUGCCGCGGCCAUGAGCGAAGCCGGUCCUGCCUCAGCGACGAGGGAAGCGGGUCCUGCAGCGGCCAUGAGGGAAGCCGGUCCUGCCGCGGCCAUGAGCGAAGCCGGGUCUGCCUCGGCCAUGAGGGAAGCCGGGUCUGCCUCGGUCAUGAGGGAAGCCGGGUCUGCCUCGGUCAUGAGGGAAGUCGGUCCUGCCUCAGCGACGAGGGAAGCGGGUCCUGCCUCGGCCAUGAGGGAAGCCGGUCCUGCCUCGGUCACGAGGGAAGUCGGUCCUGCCUCAGCGACGAGGGAAGCGGGUCCUGCCGCGGCCAUGAGCGAAGCCGGGUCUGCCUCGGCCAUGAGGGAAGCCGGGUCUGCCUCGGCCAUGAGCGAAGCCGGUCCUGCCGCGGCCAUGAGCGAAGCCGGGUCUGCCUCGGCCAUGAGGGAAGCCGGGUCUGCCUCGGCCAUGAGCGAAGUCGGUCCUGCCUCGGCCAUGAGGGAAGUCGGUCCUGCCUCAGCGACGAGGGAAGCGGGUCCUGCCGCGGCCAUGAGCGAAGCCGGUCCUGCCUCGGCCAUGAGGGAAGCUGGUCCUGCCUCAGCGACAAGGGGAGCCGGUCCUGCCUCGGCCAUGAGCGAAGCCGCUGAGGCUGGGAGCCGCGCCUGAGGGGGCGCCGGGCGGGCGUGGCUGGGCCUUUGCGCUCUCCCCAGCGGGACGGGACGCCAGCCGGCCCCGCGCGGCCCCAGCCAGACCCAGGCAGCCCCAACCUGCGCACAGCCCCUCCUGCGGCUGGGAAGUGGGCCGGGGAGCCCACCUGGCCCGGUGAAAACAAAGAGGCCCUUCUCUCUGCCCCGAGCUUUACGGGUUGGCAGCUCCGGCGAGGCCUCCCUUUGAUCUUGAGCUUUGAAGGGAUCAAACGAGCGGCUUUCAUGGGUGGGAAUGCGGCGCAGAAAAUUCUACCUUUUGUCAGUGUCAAGUGCGUCUCCUUCUCCUCCUGGGGCAGGUGCAAUGGCAGGAUCCCGUCUGCUCUCCAGGCUCGGAGCCAGAUGUUCCUUCUUGCAACAAGUAGAACAAAGAAGUGAACCCUAUACUUCUAUGACGACAGCAGAAAUCGAAAAAGAAAAAUGGGAUCACCGCUUACUUCUGGAGGACCGUUCCUGCAUGACUCUAGGGAGACGCCGUUAAAAUCUCACAUCAGAUAAAUAUUUAAUACAGUUCUCAAGCUCACCUGAAAUGAGCAAAGGCAGCACACUCUAAUUUCGGGAUACAUGUGUCACUGUUUCCUUAUAUAUGUUUUCCCAGAAACUGUCUUAAACCACCUUCGGGGAAGAGAUACUGGCUAACUGUGCCCCCAGAUGAUUCCAUAACUGUUCAAGCUAGCAGUUGAAGUGUUUUGGGUGAUGCUUUUAUUUCAUUAAGCUCCUCCAGACCUAGACCCCCCAGGGUAUACUCUGCAAAUCCCUAGUCCCGGGAAAGAGUCCAUAAGGAGAGAGAUCCACAGUGAGAGGAUUUAGGCAAGCAUGUGACUACCAGUUUCUCCUCAAAAUUCUCACUAGGCAUCAAAUUUGAAGUCUCUUAGAAGAGAUUCCUUAAAUAUCUUUUAAUCCAUAUAUCCCGAGAUUAUCUGAGCAGGGGAAGUAUUUUCCAUAUAAUGAUUCAAAUCUCAUGAGACAAACUCCUAAGGGAAUACACCAUGAGAUAUGCUGCCUUAGAGCAUGGUCAUAGGAUAUACCUGGCACGGGAUCCCUGGGUGGCUCAGCGGUUUAGCGAGCCUGCUUCUCCCUCUGCCUGUGUCUCUGCCUCUCUCUGUGUGUCUUCCAUGAAUGAAUAAAUAAAUAAAAUCUUAAAAAAAAAAAAAAAAGGAUAUACCUGGCAUACUUUCUUGACAGUUUUCCUAGGCUUUCCUGAAGGAUCUGAAUAGGUAGAUCUGGAAUCAGGCCCUGGGAACCUAAUUUUUAACAAGUACCCUAGGUGAUUCAUAUGGAUGAGGUGAAUUUCAGCAAUUCUGUUUUUUUUAUAUAUCUACCCUUUCAACUCCCUGCUACCCACGUGCACAAAUACAUGCGCAUUAUGGAAGCAAGCCCCUGAUGGUAAUAGAGUGAUUCCUUUUUGGAAUACGAAGGCAGAGAUAAUGCAAACAGUGGAGAUAAUGCAGGCAGUGGCGUUGUAGCUCAAGUUGAGGCAUAUAACAUACGUCUACCUUUUUACUGCUAGACCUCUAAGAAUCAGGAGCAAUCACCUAAGAGCGCAGGAGGUGGUGGUAUGGGACGGAAGUUAAGCAGGUAGACGUGGAAAGGAGUUUGCUCUAUUGGUUUGGGAUCCUUGCUCUACUGCCCUACCUGUUCCAAGACUCAAAUUCCCCACCCAUAAAAUCAGAGAUGAUAAAAAUUAUGAAACUCCCCAAUACAAAGUGUUACAGAGGAAUUAAUCAGACAACAUAGAUAAAUCGCUUAAUAUAAUACCUGGCAGGCUUUCAGGGUUCGAUAAAUAGCUAUUAUUUUUAAGCAAAGAUCUUAGGAGUCAUGAAAACACCUGGAAGGAGGAAAAAGAGAGACUGGAGAGAAGAAGGCGUGUCUUCAGAUCCCUGAAGAAUCACCCCAACAGAAGGCUCUUCUGAGCAAAACACAGAAAAGGAAGAGGUGAGUCUGCUCCUCAUCUUGGGGCUCUUGCAGAGACAGCAGGGUCCCUUUCCUGGAUGCCUGCCCUGUUCUCUGGGCUUUGAAACCUUCCAAGCUCCCUUCCACGGGCGCCCAAGGCGCACACCUCCACUUCCUCAGCGAACAAAUGCGAGGCAGCACCAAAAGGGUUACAGCCGUGUUUCUAAACAAAUAAGAACUGCCAAGGCUUGGUGCUGAUAUGAAAUUAUAAUCAACGCAUUCACGGAUUGGUAGUAUUUAUCAUGUUGUUAGCAUUGUAAAUUUGUACUAUUGUAGAUAGGAGUCACACAGCUUGGGGCCCUGUACCUUCACCUAUUGUUUCCCUGUGUUAUGAUAAA